UGGCUGGAAAGGCGGCCAAGUGCCCCCCCACCCCCCAAUGCCGUCAGCGGCUCUUCCUCACAACUUUGCAAGGGGGGGGCGUUGUUUGCUCCCCUCCUUUGCAGCAUAGUGUCCCAGGCCACCUCCCCUCCCCGCCCUGGGUGUUUCCGACGCCACGGAGAGCGUCGCCUGAAAUGUUGUUACACAAGGCGCCGGGGCCUUAUGCAAGGAGAGCGAGGGAGAGACGGAAGGUGCUGCCGGCAGACAGAAAGGAUGCUGAAGACUAUAAAACAAGCCCUCUUCUCUACUGGGCUGGAGAUGCCCAAAUGGACAGCCCUGCCAAACCAGGCUUCUGAUUAUGAAAUUCGACAGUAUGAACCAGCCAAAUGGGUUUGCACAUCUGUUAAAACUGUGGACUGGGAUUCAGCUAUCAAUACUGGUUUUACUAAGCUCUUUAAUUAUAUUAAGGGCAAGAAUGAAAAAGGAGUAAAGAUAGACAUGACAGCUCCAGUGACAUGCUAUGUGCAGCCAGGUGCUGGCCCAUUCUGUGAGUCCACAACAACCGUCUCUUUUUACGUGCCACCUCAACACCAGGCAAAUCCACCUAAGCCAUCAGAGGCAGAUGUCUUCAUUGAAACGAGGCCAGCAAUUACUGUGUUUGUCAGAUCUUUUGGAGGAUUUGCCAAUGCUAAAAAGAACCAGGAUGAAAUACUGGCACUUGCUGAAAGUCUGAAGCGGGAUGGAAAAACUUUUCAAGAAAAGGUCUAUUAUACUGCUGGCUAUGAUAGUCCAUUUAAAUUGCUGAACAGACACAAUGAAGUUUGGCUUAUCAGGAAAAGCUAAAACCUCAACAAUUCAGAUUAUAGCCUUAAUAACCAUAAGUGCCCUUAACUAAAUAUAUUUCCUAAUAUUUUCCUACUUAGCCCAUUGCCUUAAUAUCUAUCAGUGCCAAUAUAAUACUUGUUUCGCAAUGUUUAUAUAUAACUAUAUAAUAAAACUUCCAAGUGGUUUACAAAAAUGUAAGAUGGCUGUAUAGGUUGCUAUAGUGUGGCUGCAUGUGCAGCCAUGCAUCACAGUGAACAUGUGACCAGACUGUCUCUUUCUGCAGGCAAUUUCACUGUCCUUAUAGCUGGCUCAACUCCACUGACGUCAGUAUGGGAACAUUAUAGCUUCUGAACUGCUAUGCAGAUUCCAUACUCCUAAGGCACGGGUAGGAAACAAGACAUAAGCAGUUCUCAGUUGAUUAGGGUAGCGGAAGGUAGGAAUGCACAGGCCCUGAUCUCUGAUUUUAACUAACGCAUGUUGAGCACAAGAUUCCUGCAUUGCAGAGAAUUGGACUCGAUUACCCUCGUAGUCCCUUCAAUCUCUCCAAUUCUGUGAUUAUAUGUUCCUUUUUACUGCAGCCUUUUAAAAACAGUAGUUAAAGGGUCCAUUUCAAAAGGAAGGAAGCCAGGCCUCUUCAGAUGUCCUGUAAUAGUUAUGGUCUCAAUGGCCUAAUUACUAGGGCAUUAAGGACCUCCAUUGUUGCCCCUUCAGUAAUUACUGAAUCAGAUUUUGGGGUAGGAAACUGAUGCUUUAAUGGGAAAAAGGGGCUUACUGUAACCUUUGUAAUACUUUUAAUAAUAUUUUGUAAAUUUUUUAUCCAUAUUACUUCUCAAAGUUACAGGAAUCAUUUAAAACCUUUACCAUUUUGAUAUCUAAACUGAGACUAAUUUAGAUCACGCUGACAUCAGUUUUAAGUUUUUGCCUUUGGGCACUUGAAAGGAGGGGGAAAUGGCCCUCAAACCAAUUGGAAUUUGAUGUGCCUGCCUUAAUGUUCCUUCUCACAUUAUAGAUACAUCAAGAGAUCUUUCAUAGAAACCUAUGUGCCAUGUUGCCACAGUGAAGAUGCAGUGUAGGUCAACUGGAGGGUGGUGCUGGAAUAGCCACUUACAUGGGCAUAUUUUCAUGGGGAAGACAACAUGUGGUGCCCAUUCUCCAGUACUUUAUAUUAAAUGGACAAACUGGUAAUUUUCAGCACAUUAAAAUAUUCAGUUAUUAGGCUUUUGAGGGCUUUUCGCCUUUGGAAUUUUGUAAGGUGCUAUAUAAUAAUUUUUAAGUUGUAUAAAGUGUGACUUUUGUAAAACCAAAAUGUUAAAUCAAAUAAUUGACACUGAAAACUACCGACGCUGAUGUUGCCAAACUGUAGUGCUGCUCCUAGCAAAUAGAUCAUACACGUGAAGACGUAUCAAAAAUAAUAUGAAGGGGUAGUGUUUACUUGCACAUUUAAGUUUUAAGCUCUGAAAUGUCGCUAGCCAGAAAAGCCUUGUGUUUGUACUGAACACAUAGAUGAGCUUGAAAGUGGACUUGAAACCAUUUGACAGGCUGUCAGUCUUUAGAAAGAUAUAGCAUCUAUGGGAACAUGUGAAUUAACAGGAAAGGCUGAAUGUUGUUACUUUCUUAUACACUUAGCUUUAAAAAAAAUAUUUGCCAGUUAAUGUAUCUGCUAAUGCGAGAUGCUAAUAGUAUGUGCAAUCUAUUUACACUAGCAGCUGUGACAGAUGAAUGGAAAACACAAUGGAUGUUUUCUUAGCACCUGCUCUAACAGAAACCAGCAGCUUCGUUCAGCUGCAGAGAGAAAUGCUACAAAGCUGCCUAUUUCAGUGGUAAUAAUAUAAAUAAUGUGUCCCAUUGUCGCCAAUAAAAUUUGUCAUUAAUAAAUACAACUAAUUUUUAAAAAAAUAGUUUCCUUUGUUCUGAGGAUAUCAUAAUGGUGUAUUUUUCCAGCAUCCAUAAACAUCAGGCUUUGGGAAGCAAAAAGUGUUCAUUUAUCAAUUCCCCCCUUACUUUGUAACAAUUUACAUGUUUUAGAACAUAUAGGACACAACAUGAGUUGGAGGAGAGAAGAGGGGCAACUGUGUAGUUCCCUGAAAGCAACCAUUAGACACACUUAGGGCUGGAUUCAACAAAUGCAGCACACUAGCAGAAGCCCCUGCUAGCUCAAUGGGGUCUUCCUUAUUCCCCCAUGCCUCCCCCAAUCCACUCUGGAGGAUCAGCAGAACCCUCAGAAGAGUAUAUGGGGUGCAAAGAUGGGGGCGGGAUCAUCCUGUUUGGCAAACAGAAAUGCUUGUGCUGAUGGAACGAUGAGAAGAGUAUGACAUUGAAUUCCUCCCUGAGCAAGGAGAGCAGAAAAAACGUAUUGCUGUGCAGCUUAGGAAGCGGAGGCUCAGUCAUGGAACUAUAUAGGGCAUGAUCCACUAAAUCUAAUAGCUGUGAUCCAGUGGCCUCAGUUUACACACAGGGAGAUACCAUUCCUUUUUGAGAGAGGCACACCUAAUAGGAAAUCACCGUAUUUACACAAACAGCUUCUCUUGAAUAGAAAACUGUUAGGGGCUUUAGAUUUUGACCAGCAGGCUCAGUCGCAUCUAUGCCUCCUUGUGGUCUAUGCCUCUUACCCCCUUUAGUAAGACCAUAAGCUUGUGUUCAGACCUACCUAUUCCUCAUG